CUCUUCUUCCCCUCUUCCAAAAGCAACAAAAAUCAAUCCAAUCCCAUCCCAAUUCUUCCAUUUCCAACCUCCAACCUCCAACCUCCUACCUCCAGUUAUCCACAACACAAUACAAACAAUACUACACAAACAACACUAUACAAACAACACAACAACUUCUAAAAUCCACUCUUCCACCCACUCAAUCACACAAUCAUACAGUCUCAUAAUUCUAUACCCCAAACCCCAAACCCCCAAUCUCAACCAUCAAUCCUCAACACCCACCAUGCACAUCCCAAGCAUCCUCAAAUUCUCCCUCCUCAUUUCCACAUCCCUCUGCAUCGCAGCCCCGACUGCUGUUACGACUCCUACGGACGCAGUGAUUGAGUAUACGCGUGCUUCUCAGGAUCCUCAUUCUCUGAUUAAUCUUAUGGAGCUUGGUGAGCUUGGUGAGAAACGUGAUGGUUUUGUGGAUUUGGUUCGGGUUUCUGAGGGGAAUGAUGGGUUUGGUGAUGGGUUGCGGUUUUUGUAAGUGUAUUUUUGUUGGUUUUUUGAUGUUGUGGUUAUGGGGAUGGAGAGGGGGAGGGUUCGAUUUUGUGUUGUUUUUAUUUUGUAGGAUUAUUGUGAUUUGUUUCUCCGCAUUCUUAGUGAGCUUGAUUGAUUGAAUGAGUGUAUUUGCUAACUCCCUAUCUAAUAUUCUAGUUCGAAGCGCGACGGUUCUCUAGAAUUCAUUCAACUUGAUAGUGCCAUCAACCUCGUCCAGCUUCCUGAGAAAAAGCGUCAAGUUUCUCCAAUCGACCUCGUUCAACUUUCAAAUCGUGCCGCUCCUAUUAAUCUCUUCCAACUUUCAGAGAAGCGUCAAGAUUCCCCCGUCAAUCUCGUCGAACUCGGAAAUCGUCAAACUCAGAAACAUAAAUAUAAUUCUAUGCGUCCUCGAAAUGCCCAAGAUGCAUCUAUCAAUCUCGUUGAACUUGGCAAUCGUCAAGUCUCUCCCAUAAAGCUCAUCGAACUCAGCAAUCGCGCCAGAGCCAAAUAUCUCAAAACCAGACAAAAUGAUUGCGGUUCUUCACCAUAUCAGAACCCAUCGUGCAGUGCAGCUACAGGCUUGGGUGUUCCGGCUUUCACUCUACUUGCUGUUGGUAUGGUUGCUAUUAUGAUGGUUUGAUAGUGCUUGUAUUGGGGUUUGAGGGUGUGGUUGCGCUGUUUCUUUGGGAGUUUUAUGGAUGGAUGGUUUACGGGAUAGCUUUGCGGAUGGGUUUGGUUUGAUUCUCGGCGUGGGCGUGGAUUUUAGUUGGUGGAUUAACUUGGUGGGUUUUACUUGGAGG